AUGGUCUACGUCGUAAAUACCCCUACUUGCCAAUACCCCGCCCACGCCCUGCACCACCCACACGCCGUCCACGCCCUGCACCACCCAGACGCCGCCCACGCCCUGCACCACCCAGACGCCGCCCACGCCCUGCACCACCCACACGCCGCCCACGCCCUGCACCACCCACACGCCGCCCACGCCCUGCACCACCCACACGCCGCCCACGCCCUGCACCACCCAGACGCCGCCCACGCCCUGCACCACCCACACGCCGCCCACGCCCUGCACCACCCACACGCCGCCCACGCCCUGCACCACCCAGACGCCGCCCACGCCCUGCACCACCCAGACGCCGCCCACGCCCCGCACCACCCAGACGCCGCCCACGCCCUGCACCACCCAGACGCCGCCCACGCCCUGCACCACCCAGACGCCGCCCACACCCUGCACCACCCAGACGCCGCCCACGCCCUGCACCACCCAGACGCCGCCCACACCCUGCACCACUCAGACGCCGCCCACACCCUGCACCACCCAGACGCCGCCCAACCCUGCACCACCCAGACGCCGCCCACGCCCUGCACCACCCAGACGCCGCCCACACCCUGCACCACCCAGACGCCGCCCACGCCCUGCACCACCCAGACGCCGCCCACACCCUGCACCACCCACACGCCGCCCACACCCCAUCUCACCCAUGCCGCCCACGCCCUGCACCCCCCAGACACCGCCCACACCCCAUCUCACCCAUGCCGCCCACGCCCUGCACCCCCCAGACACCGCCCACACCCCAUCUCACCCAUGCCGCCCACGCCCUGCACCCCCCAGACACCGCCCACACCCCAUCUCACCCAUGCCGCCCACGCCCUGCACCACCCAGACACCGCCCACACCCCAUCUCACCCAUGCCGCCCACGCCCUGCACCACCCAGACACCGCCCACACCCCAUCUCACCCAUGCCGCCCACGCCCUGCACCACCCAGACGCCGCCCACGCCCUGCACCACCCAGACGCCGCCCACGCCCUGCACCACCCAGACGCCGCCCACGCCCUGCACCACCCAGACGCCGCCCACGCCCUGCACCCCCCAGACACCGCCCACGCCCUGCACCACCCAGACGCCGCCCACGCCCUGCACCACCCAGACGCCGCCCACGCCCUGCACCACCCAGACGCCGCCCACGCCCUGCACCCCCCAGACACCGCCCACGCCCUGCACCACCCAGACGCCGCCCACGCCCUGCACCACCCAGACGCCGCCCACGCCCUGCACCACCCAGACGCCGCCCACGCCCUGCACCACCCAGACACCGCCCACACCCCAUCUCACCCAUACCGCCCACGCCCUGCACCACCCAGACGCCGCCCACACCCCAUCUCACCCAUGCCGCCCACGCCCAGCACCACCCACACACCGCCCACACCCCAUCUCACCCAUGCCGCCCACGCCCUGCACCACCCAGACGCCGCCCACACCCCAUCUCACCCAGGCCGCCCACGCCCUGCACCACCCAGACACCGCCCACACCCCAUCUCACCCAGGCCGCCCACGCUACCUCCUGCCAGGAAUCUCCUACUUGACUUCAAUCGCCGUCAUUUCCUGCCAAUUUCCCGACAUCUUCGAAAGUUGCAUGUGUUUGUUGAUGUUGGGAGUUGUCCAUUGA